CCGCGGGGAGGCGCGGGCCGGGCGGGGGGAGGUGACUUGAUGUCAUCCUGAGCCGCUGGGCGGCGGGUGCCGGUGCGCGCAGAGCCCGGGCUCCCGCGGCGGCGCGGCUCGGACCCCGGCUGCAGGCAGAGGUGGGCGCGCGGCCUGCCCGGAGCCCGCGCCCGAGUCGGGGCUUGACGGGGGCGGGGGGCAUGCCCCGGGCCCCCCGGAGCCCGAGCGGGAACCCCGGAGCGCCGCCGCCCCGCGCCCGCGCCCCGCGGGAAGCCACUGCGGAGGGGCCGUGAGCUGCGCCCCCACCGCGGCCGGGAACGGCCCCCGGGAGAGCGGGCUGCAGAGUGCGACCCCCGGAGAACAUCUGCCGAAGGACCAGGGUGGGCGGCCCUCACUCCGCGGGACCCCCAGGAAGGACCCGAGACCUGAGCCGGCCUCAUCUCUCCCUGCCUGCCCCCCCAGGACUGGACAGUUGCCGAAGGCCCUGGGGGGGGGCCCAGAACUGUUGUUGUGCCCCCCCCCAGCCCCACAGAAUGGGCCCAAGUUAGCCAGCACGCUCAGCACCGGCCUGGCCCAGAGGGCACCCCGGGGGCUCUGAAGGCUUGACUGACCACGCUGACCACCGCCAUGGAGACGAAGCUACCCCCCGCCAGCACCCCCACCAGCCCCUCCUCCCCCGGGCUGUCCCCCGUGCCCCCUCCGGACAAGGUGGACGGCUUCUCCCGCCGCUCGCUGCGGCGGGCCCGGCCCCGACGCUCACACAGUUCCUCGCAGUUCCGCUACCAGAGCAACCAGCAGGAGCUCACGCCGCUGCCCCUGCUGAAGGAUGUCCCAGCAGCGGAGCUGCACGAGCUGCUGAGCCGGAAGCUGGCCCAGUGCGGGGUCAUGUUCGACUUCUUGGACUGCGUGGCUGACCUCAAGGGGAAGGAGGUGAAGCGGGCGGCCCUCAACGAGCUGGUGGAGUGUGUGGGCAGCACCCGGGGGGUCCUCAUUGAGCCGGUGUACCCCGACAUCAUCCGCAUGAUCUCAGUGAACAUCUUCCGGACCUUGCCGCCCAGCGAGAACCCCGAAUUUGACCCGGAAGAGGAUGAGCCCAAUCUUGAGCCUUCGUGGCCACAUUUGCAGCUGGUGUAUGAGUUUUUUCUUCGCUUCCUGGAGAGCCCAGACUUCCAGCCCUCCGUGGCCAAGAGAUACGUGGACCAAAAGUUUGUGCUGAUGCUCCUGGAGCUGUUCGACAGUGAGGACCCCCGGGAGCGGGAAUACCUCAAGACCAUCCUGCACCGGGUCUACGGCAAGUUCCUGGGGCUCCGGGCCUACAUCCGCAAACAGUGCAGCCACAUCUUCCUCCGGUUCAUCUAUGAGCUCGAGCACUUCAAUGGCGUGGCAGAGCUGCUGGAAAUCCUUGGAAGCAUCAUCAAUGGCUUCGCCCUGCCCCUGAAGACGGAGCACAAGCAGUUCCUGGUUCGGGUGCUGAUCCCGCUGCACUCGGUCAAGUCGCUGUCUGUCUUCCACGCCCAGCUGGCGUACUGCGUGGUGCAGUUUUUGGAGAAGGACGCCACCUUGACAGAGCACGUCAUCCGGGGACUGCUCAAGUACUGGCCGAAAACCUGCACCCAGAAGGAGGUGAUGUUUCUGGGGGAGAUGGAAGAGAUCCUUGACGUCAUCGAACCCACCCAGUUUGUGAAGAUCCAGGAGCCCCUCUUUAAGCAGGUGGCUCGCUGCGUGUCCAGCCCCCAUUUCCAGGUUGCAGAGCGGGCUCUGUAUUUCUGGAACAACGAGUAUAUCCUGAGCCUCAUUGAGGACAACUGCCACACUGUGCUGCCUGCCGUGUUCGGGACCCUCUACCAGGUGUCCAAGGAGCACUGGAACCAGACCAUCGUGUCUCUCAUCUACAACGUGCUCAAGACCUUCAUGGAGAUGAACGGAAAGUUGUUCGACGAGCUCACGGCCUCCUACAAGCUGGAGAAGCAGCAGGAGCAGCAGAAGGCCCGUGAGCGCCAGGAGCUGUGGGAAGGCCUGGAGGAGCUGCGGCUGCGCCGGUUACAGGGGAGCCAGGGGGCCAAGGAGAGCCCCCUGCAGCGGCUUACGACACCCCAGGUGGCUGCCAGCGGGGGUCAGAGCUAGGGAGCCCCCAGAGGGGGAGGCACCAACCCCGGAGCUCUCGGUCCCUCCACCUCCUCCUGCCCAGAGAGAGGGUCAGCCCUGGCCUGGCCCCAGUGGGCGCGGACAGCAGCCUUGGGAGGGGUGAGCAGGGGGUGGUGGGCUCAGCCUGCAGCGGCAGCUGGACCCGCGGCCUCUGGCGGGACUCGACCACCAGGGCGGGCUGGGCCAGGGAGCCGGCGCGGGGGCCCAUCCCGCAAAGCUGGGCCCCAGCCAGCCCGUAGGCAGCUCCCCCUGCCCCGCCCGUCCUUUGGGUCAGGGCGCUCGGCCCCUUCGCCUGCCCACCCCGUGCCAGGGGACCUCCCUUCCCCGCCACGGGACCCGCUGUCUAUUUAUUCUCCCACCUCACCCCCAGCACAGAUGCUGUCCCGGGCCUUGGGGGGGGGCCUCCCCUCCUCGCCCUGUACUUCCUGGUCCCCUUUUUAUUUAUUGGGCAGGGGGAGGGCUGAGGGCACAGGUAGAAGCUUCCCGUGGCGGCGGCGAGGUGUGGCCCCUUUCCCUGGCGGGGUAGAUUAAUAAAGAGAGAAACUCGC